CGUAUUUGCAGCAUCGUCAUUCAUCAUAUUAUUAGGCUCAAAGGAGAUCGCGAUGUCGUCAAUCUACUUGGCUCUUGCUUUAAUUCUAACAUUUAGUUUAAAUUUUUCUCUCGUUAUAAGUGAUGAUGAAGAUCUGGAUGUGAAAGGACCAUUAAUGUUCAAGAACCCAGAUGGCAGUCUCAUGACAACCAAGCAGCAGAUAGAGGCUCGUAAGUACAGCGGUGAGUCACACACAGUGACAACUGAUGAUGGCUACCUACUGACUCUCUUCAGAGUCAUCCCCGCCAAGCAACCUGCCACUGUAGUUCUACUGCAGCAUGCACUACUAAUGUCAUCUGACGCCUGGGUUACUGAUAAUAAAUCCCUGGCGUUCACGUUGACGGAUGCUGGGUAUGACGUGUGGAUGGCCAAUUCUAGAGGUAACUGCUACUCUCGCAAACACACCACUUUUGACCCCGACAAGGAUAAGAGCUUCUGGAACUUUGGGCUUCAUGAGUUGGGAACCAAAGAUUUGCCAGCAGUGAUUGACUACAUACUCAAGACUACAGGACAGACCAAACUACACCUUGCAGCACAUUCUGGAGGCAACUCCAUGGCCUUUGCGAUGGCUUCUCAGAAGCCAGAGUACAACGACAAGCUCAAGUCACUCCAGGCUCUGUCUCCCUUUGUGUUUGUCAGCAAGAUGGCCGAGAUGAUCGGACCUGAUGGCAUGGUGGAGGCAAUGACUGCUCAGUACAUUGACCAGAUCAAGGCAGCAGAUAAGUGGGAAAUGUUUCCUCGUAAGGACUUUGUCAAAAACAACAAAACACAGGUCACUUGCGAAGAUGUAGAAGAAAACUAUAGAUCAAUGUGCUCAGAAAAGAUGGAAAUGGUCCAUGAAAUCCUUGGAGGAGCCUACAUCCCAGCUGGUCAGUCUACCAAGGCAGUCUUGCACUUUUACCAGAUAGGUGUAGCAGGUGUCAUGAACUAUUACAAGUUUGACACUCCAGAAGAGAAUGAGAAGGCUUAUGGUACCAAAGAGCCUCCUUCGUACACCAAAGACUUCAAGAAUAUCACUGCACCGACCAUUUUGUGGACUGGUGAACAUGACGGGCUGAUUCAGACUCAGGAUGUUGAUAACUUGAAGCCUCUUUUGGGAAAUUUGGUUGCUGACUACCGUAUCCCAGAUGACUGCUUUGACAUUUCCACCUUCAAUUACGCUAGGAAGGUCGCUUGUUCUUCUGUCAGAGAAAGAGUGUACAAGGAACUCAUUGAGUCUCUCAAGAAGUUUGACUAGAACUUCACACUUAUAACUCCAAUUACAGAUUAUUUCACAAUAA